AUGGGUUGUGGAGGAUCAACGUCGACACAAACCGACUAUUACAGGGAAAGUCAAGAGUCAAGAUCAACGUCCACAAAAACCGACGAUGACAGGGAGAGUCAAGAGAAACAAAAAGGAACGGAAAGGGUCAACAGCAAACCCCAGGAAGAGGAGGAGGAGGAUUAUAUCAGAGAACCAGAGACCGACCCGGUAAAUUAUGAAGGAUCAACGUCGACAAUAAACGACGAUGACAGGGAGAGUCAAGAGAAACCAAAAGAUACGGCAAGGGUCGACAGCAAACCCAAGGAAGAGGAAGAGGAGGUGAAGGAGGCGGAUUCUUUCAGAGAACCAGAGACCGACCCGGUAAAUUAUGAAGGAUCAACGUCGACAAUAAACGACGAUGACAGGGAGAGUCAAGAGAAACCAAAAGAUACGGAAAGGAUCGACAGCAAACCCAAGGAAGAGGAGGAGGAGGAGGAGAAGGAGGAGGAUUUUCUCAGAGAACCAGAGACCGACCCGGUAGAUGAUGACAGGGAGAAUCAAGAGAAACCAGAAAGAGAGGAAAGGGUAAUAAGAGGAGUGCAUGACACUCGAAAUUACCAAGAGAAACCAAAAGGAGAGGAAAGGGUCGACAGCAAACCUCAGGAAGAAGAGGAGGAGGAAGAGGAUCUCAAAGAACCAGAGACCGACUGGGUAAAUUAUUAG